CCUGUUGCUUGUUACCAGUAUAUAAAGAGGGAUUGCGGACUGGAUCCAGUCGCUGUCGCCAGUGAUCCUUUGGGACGCUAACUAACUACAGCAAAAUGGCUCGUCUGAGCGUGUUGGCCCUUGCACUUCUCUUCGUCGCCGGCCAGUGCCGUGCGGAAGGUUUGUUUGAAGAUGGUCAAGAGUACCAGUACUCUUACCUUACCUACACCACAUCCGGUGUUCGUGAACCUGCUCCCACUGGCUCCUCUUUCGGCAUUCGCGGUAACUUGCUUAUCCAGAAACAGGCCGGAGAAGCCAUUGUCAAGCUUUCGGAUGUGACUUUGGGUAUGCACAAUGGACCCGACUCUCUUCUCUCGACCGUCAAGUUCUUGAAGAAGCCCGAGUUGGUUAUGUUGGAGAAACCCUUCAAAAUUUCCUUCUUGAACGGAAAGAUCACCGGAUUCGAUGCUGACGCUUCGGAUGCCGAAUGGUCCAUCAACAUCAAGAAGGGUUUGGCCACCAAGCUUCAGAUGGACGUUGCUGCUGGAGAGAUUGGCAAGGGAGACAGCGCUUUCCUCCGCACCGUCGAGGACACCGUUGUUGGUACCUGUAACACCACCUACUCUUUCGGAGGCUCCGAAAAGGGUCGUCUGAUGUUGAUUAAGCAGCGUACUCAAAGCGAAUGCACCAACGUCCCUCGUAUGGGCCACAACAGUUUUGGUGCUACUAACUGUGCUGGUAAAUCCCAAGAUGAGCUCGUUGCAACCACCCAGCUUUACUACCAGCUUAGCCGCGGAUCCAGCAGCAACACCGCCAAGGCUCACAUCAUCUCGUCCUUUGGCUACCAGGUUCUGCAAUGGCAUCCACCUGCGGGAUCUCCCUUUUACAACUUGGCCAACACCACUUUGGUGCUGAAAUCUUCCGGACCCAUCGCUAAGCCAAUCUCUGCUUCUGGUUUGACCAAGCACUAUGGCAGUCUCCGUUACACCCUAAAGCGCCCGAUUCCGACUCCUGAAGAUCUCGAUUUGGCCCGUGAGGAAGACUUCUUGCACCCCGAGGAGCCCCAAUCCCAGCAAGCUCUACGCGCUAAGGCUGUUCCCGUCUUGACUAAGUUGAAGGAAGUCAUUGGAUCAGGUGCUCUUGAUGAGGAAACUCUCAUGGAUCCCACUGCCAUGGCCGCCAUUCAGCUUUUCCAAGCCAUGAGUUUGGAAAGUCUGCAAGCUGUUUGGAAAAACGUAGCAAAUGAUGAGGAGCUCAAAAACCUGUUCAAUGAGAUCCUUCCAGCUACUGGUACAAACCCUGCUGCCUUGAUGGUCAAGGAAUUGAUUCUAAGUGGCAAACUCUCUGAUAUGGAAGCCCGCCGUAUGGUUGCUUUCCUACCCUAUUACCUGCGCAUGCCCUCUGAGAAAUUAUUGACUUCCUGGGAGGAUCUGCUGAAGGAGAGCCCCAGCAUCAAGACCAAGGAACUGAGGGGAGCCAUCGCUUUGGCUUUCGGUCAUCUCGUUGGAGUCACUUGCAGUGCCAACAGACUUCGCCCUUGCAAAACUGACACUAUCAACAAGUACACUCGCAUGUCCUACGAAGCUUUCAAAUCAGCCAAGACCCACCCCGAAAUGAUUGUUGCCCUGAGCACGCUGCGCAAUACCAAUUUGAUUCCCGCCAUCGAGCGUCUUAUCCCUCACGCCAAGAGCGGCUCCGUUCCCCACGCUGUCCGCCCUCAUGUCAUCUUCGCUCUGCAGCCCAUUGCCGCCGUCAACCGCAACAAAUUCUUGUCUGCUGUCCUCCCCCUGAUCCUUAAUGCCACCGAAACCACCGAAAUCCGUAUUGCCGCCAUCUCCACUCUAUUCCGUGUCCAACCCACUUUCUUGGAGCUGCAGCAGUUGAUCGCAGGUGCCAUUUGGGAACGCAAUCAGGAAGUGCUCAACUUCAUGAUGACCACCUUCCGCAAUUACGCCGAUUCCAAGAAUCCCUGCAUUAAGCCCAUCGCCAACCAGUUGCAGUUGUUGUUGCGUCGUGUCGCCUACAUCAAGACCAACUUCUUCCGUUCCAGCAACCGCGUUUUCGACUUCCAGGACCAGAAAUAUGGUUUCGGUGGUGGACUCCAGCUCGUCACUGUUUACGGUGAAGAAUCCCGCGCUCCUCUCAUCAUCUCCGGACGUGCCAACUACCGCAUCUCUGAAUACGGCUAUGUUCCUCUUGAGAUCAUGAUCCGUUUGGAAGGUGUUGAGGAUGCCUACGUGCGUCUCUUCCGCAGACUGGACCCCAAGGACUUCAAGCUCGAUACCCUGAAGGAUCUUUUGCAGAAGACCAUGAAGAUCGUCCCCCGCCAGCAGGCUCCCAUGAAGAUGGAAAUCUUGUUGCGUUCUCAAGGAUACACUUUGAUGUACCGUCACAUGGGAAUGGAAGAAAUCGCUGGUCUGAUGGAAGGCAAGGGAUUGGUCGAAAUGAUUUCUCGUGGCUUGAAACUGACUCGCAAUAUGGUCAUGCUCGGCGGCCAGCACGUCAGCUGGAGGGCUAACGAUCUCGGUCUCCCCGUCGGUGUCGGUCUCAGCACUCCUGGCUUCGCUCGCCACCAAUUGGCUUACGGCAACGUCAACCAGCCCAACAAGCUCGGUCGCUCCAUCCAGGCUGAUUUGGACGUCACCAUGCAAGUGGUCACUUACAUGGUCGCUUAUAACCCGCUCGGCGUCUCCCAGGGAAUCAUCAAGGCUCGUGGAUCCCGCAUCCACUUGCCCGCUAACCUUUUGGUUGGUUUCUCGCCUGCUGACAGCCAAGUUGAAAUCAAAAUGAAUACUCCCACCGAAGAGAAACCUUUGUCAUACUUGUUUGGCAGCAAAACUUUUGCUUUCAUGUGGGGCAAAGAUGACUCCAAAGCCCUUUCUUACCUUAAGGAUACCUGCUCAGAAUGCGAAACUAGAGCUUUGGUAACCCGCGGCGAACAGUUCCGCAAAGGUCAAGUUAUUCGCGAGAACAUCAACGAACUUUUGGGCAUGGAAUCCCACGUUGAGGUUUACAACUGCGAGACCUACACCGGCAAGGCCUCCAUCGCCAAGGUGAUGUUCGAGUCUUUCAAGCCCUCCGAGAUCAACUCGCACGGCAGCGUUGCCGGUUUCGCCGUUAUGGGCUUGAUGCAGAUGCGCAACUACUUCUACCACUAUCCUCCCACUGGCACCUGCUCCAUGAAGGCCGUCCUCCACAGGACUCAGGAGAAUCCCGCCGAGGCUCUUGAAAUCAAGCUGAAGAUGGAUUCCGCUGUUCCCGCUGGCAAGAAGGCCGCCCCCGGCAAGAGCUUCAAGAACGUUAAGGGAGCCGUCACUUUGCUGGGCACCCCCGAACGCAAGUGGAACGUCGAAGUCAACGUUGAGAGUGAGCCUUUCAACGUCAAGUCUCAGGUCGCCGUCAAGAUCGCCCGUUUGGCUAACCCCACUCUCAGCGUUCCCAGCCGCGCUCUCUGCGUCAACGUCAAGACCGCCUGGGCCGCUCUCCCCGAAGACAUUUUCGAGACCCCGUCUACCAUCGAGCCUUCCGUUCAGCGUGAAGUCUCCUUCGUCUGGGGUGAGGCUCCCGCCAACGAUUGCCCUAAGGCCAACGCCAAGGGUAUCUCCACCAUCAACGUUAAGGUCGUCGGUAACAUCACCGAAGCCCAGCGUGAAGCCGCUACCAGCCGCACUUCUUACCCUUACGAUCGCUGCGACUUGGAUCGCAAUGAUGCCGGCCGCUCUGGUAUCGUUGGACCCAUGACCCAGGCUUGUUACGAGUCUGUUCUGCACUACGCUACUCCUCGUAGCUACGUUUUGGACAUCAAUUACGCCAACAUGUCUCCCCGUGGUCAGAUGGCUCUUCUGCGUAUCGAUACUAUGCUAAAGGCCUCCUUGUUGCCCUACUGGAGCAUGCAUGCCCCGCAUGGUCCUACUGCCACCGCAAAGAAAGUCGCCGGUGCCGGCCACAUUGAAUUGAAAAUGGAUGUUAAUGAAGAUGAUGUUGACUUGCAUGUACACACCGACUUGAUGCACAGCCACUACGAGAACGUUGAUAUCCUCAAGAAUUUGGGUAUGGCUUUGCGUAACGCCCGUCUGCCUAUGUCUCAAAUGUUCGCCAUCAAGGCUGGUUUUGUUGGUAUUUGCGACGUCGCUCCCAAAGCUGUUGUCACCUUCGAUAAUGUGACCAUGAGCACCGAUCUUCCCGCUUGCUACACUCUCAUCUCGGCUGACUGCUCUCCUACUCCCCGCUACGCCGUUUUCGCCAAGAAGACCACCCAGUCUCUGCCUUUGGCCGCCAAGAUCUACGUCGGUGGUCACACUCUCGAGCUGAACCCCACCGCUAGCGGAGUCGAAGUGAAGGCCAACGACAAGGUCGUCAAGGUCGAAACCAACAAGCCCUACGUUUUGGCUGACAAGGACAACGUCAUCCAGUACAUCGUCGUCAGCAAGAUUGGUGCCCGCUACUUCGUCCAGGCCCCCAUCCUCAAGUUGACUUUCCGUUACACCGGAGACGACAUCACCAACAUGAUCCCCGCCACUCACCGCUCUCAACAUUGCGGUCUUUGCGGUGACUACAACGGCCAGUUCUCUCGCGAAUUGGUCAGCCCGUCCGGUUGCAACGUCAAGGAUGCCACCGAUCUGGCCAGGUCGUACGUCUUGAGAGACAAGAACUGCAAGGAGACCAUCCCUACUCCUCCUUGUGUUGCUGAGCCUUUGAACAUUGGUGAGAGAAAGACCCGAUCCGUCGGAAUUGUUGGUCAUAUGGAUAAAUUUAUCCGUUCUUAAACUGAACGUAAUCCGUCACGAAGUUCUCGUUGCCUUACAACUGAUGAGUCAGCAACUCCUGAAUUAUUUUUUUUUCUACAUUUAAUUUUCGACUUUCUCGUGGAGCUUUACAGUCCAAGAUCCUUUUGAGUUUAGUUGACCCUGUGUGUUGUUUAACUGUUCUCAGAAUUGACUACCUGAAUACAACAAAUCAGGAAUUUAAAA